UUAUCGAAAGAAUGCCUCCUACGCACAAAAUUAGCAAUGAGCUCUAAACACAUGGCAUUUCACACAAUGAACAAAAAUAUUCACAAGACUUGUUUUACUGAACUUUAGUCACGCUGCGGUCAAAAUAAAUCAAGUUCAACUUCUUUGGACUUAUAUUUAAAACUGGUUCUCUACAAUGCAGCUGCCAUUUAUGAAUUUUUGCAUCUCGUCAAAUGUCACUGUCAAUUUCAAGAACUAAGAUUUCGCAAUAUUUACGAUAUAUUGUCGUGAUUCUUUAUUAGUGGCACAUUGAAAUUACCUACUGCUUUAAGGCUCUAAUAAACAUCAUUAAGCUUAAUUUUCUGAUAAGCUCCUAAUAUGUUCGUCAACGAACGAAGAUCAGUUUCGCAACCUUGUACAACAACUGAUAUGUCACACGUAAUGAGUACACAACCCCGAAGAUCUCUAUUUGCAUACAUUUUCGCAAAAGCCCAAUUCUACUGUGUUGUGUUUGUAUUGAUACCAUUUAUCUUUGUCUUCCAAGUCACCGUAGUGUACCCAGAACUAGUCAAGAAGUUAAAAGCUGGCAUCGCGAAACAAAUAUUCCACAUCUGUUUGAUAUCGUUCUGCUUCAUCAACGUGGUUGGCAACUUGGUUUAUAGUAUCAUGAUGGAUUCUACUUUAAAAAGGCCUGCAUUUGGUGAAGGUACGUACUGUGAAGAAUGUCGGAUGGUACGGCCAGUGAGGAGCUGGCACUGCAUGCAAUGCAACGUGUGCAUCAUGAAGCGCGACCACCACUGCUCGUUCCUGUCGCGCUGCAUCGGUCUCUACAACCAGAGGUACUUCGUGCUGUUCCUGGGCCACGUGAUGCUCUCCAUGAUAUACGCUACCUACUACAACUAUUACUUCGUGACCAUGAAGUUUAAAGACGGCUGGGCACUGUCAGCCUUCCGCAUCAUCAACCCUCUAUUGAGAUUCGUCAUUCCAGAACCCAUGGGCUCCAAAGACGUUUAUUUGUUCUUCUUGUUCAUGAACAUAGCUCUUAUAUUCUGGUCUGGCGGUUUGUUCUAUUGGCAUUUCAAAAACGUUGUGAUGGGCGUGACUUCUUACGAGGCCAGAUUUCCUGAACUAAAGGACGCGAGCAGAUGGAAGCAGAAUUUGCUUAAUGUAUUUGGAACUAAAUGGUACCUAGCUAUAAUUUGGCCUAUGUGUAAAAGUCCGUUGCCGGAGGACGCUAAAUACGUGUAGAAGUGUUUAGUUAAGAAUUUACUGUAGAUAUUAGUUUCAAUAAAC